CCGAUUCUAGCCCUUCCCCCAUACUCGGUCGCCCUCCCAGGUGGAAUGGGAGGGUCGCCGGGAGAGGAGGGUGCUGGGGCGUCAGGCCUUGAGCGGCCGCCCCUCUGCUCCUGCGCGCCGCACCCCUCCCACUCCUCCACCUGGCGGUACCCGGUGUUAACGAGGGAGGAGACCCCGUUUCUUCUCUGCAAUCGAGCCUUCCAGAAUUUGAAAACCGUCGCCUGCCCGGAUCUCCGGUGGUGGAACCCCUUUUUAUUCAGAUGUGAACGGAAGUUCUAGAAUAGAUCGCUUCCGAAAGAAUCCAAGGACCCCUUUUGUUUUUUCUCCAUAUUACUUGAUGGGAGGCAUUAUGGCCCCCAAAGACAUAAUGACAAAUACUCAUGCUAAAUCCAUCCUCAACUCAAUGAACUCCCUAAGGAAGAGCAACACCCUCUGUGAUGUGACAUUAAGAGUAGAGCAGAAAGACUUCCCUGCCCAUCGAAUUGUACUGGCUGCCUGUAGUGAUUACUUCUGUGCCAUGUUCACAAGUGAGCUUUCAGAGAAGGGGAAACCUUAUGUUGAUAUCCAAGGUUUAACUGCUUCUACCAUGGAAAUUCUGUUGGACUUUGUAUACACAGAAACAGUUCACGUGACAGUGGAGAAUGUACAAGAACUACUCCCUGCAGCCUGUUUGCUUCAACUGAAAGGGGUGAAGCAGGCCUGCUGUGAAUUCUUAGAAAGUCAACUGGACCCUUCUAAUUGCCUGGGUAUCAGGGAUUUUGCUGAAACUCACAAUUGUGUUGACCUGAUGCAAGCAGCUGAGGUUUUUAGCCAGAAACAUUUUCCUGAAGUGGUACAGCAUGAAGAGUUCAUUCUUCUAAGUCAAGGAGAGGUGGAAAAACUAAUCAAGUGUGAUGAAAUUCAGGUAGAUUCUGAAGAGCCAGUCUUUGAGGCUGUCAUCAACUGGGUGAAGCAUGCCAAGAAAGAGCGAGAAGAAUCCUUGCCAGACCUGCUACAAUAUGUGCGGAUGCCUCUGCUGACCCCCAGGUACAUUACAGAUGUAAUAGAUGCUGAGCCUUUCAUCCGCUGUAGUUUACAGUGCAGGGAUCUAGUUGAUGAAGCAAAGAAGUUUCAUCUGAGGCCUGAACUUCGGAGUCAGAUGCAGGGACCCAGGACAAGAGCUCGUCUAGGAGCCAAUGAAGUGCUUCUGGUGGUUGGGGGCUUCGGAAGCCAGCAGUCUCCCAUUGAUGUGGUAGAGAAAUAUGACCCCAAGACUCAGGAGUGGAGCUUUUUGCCAAGCAUCACUCGUAAGAGACGUUAUGUGGCCUCAGUGUCCCUUCAUGACCGGAUCUAUGUAAUUGGUGGCUAUGAUGGCCGUUCCCGCCUCAGUUCAGUGGAAUGUCUAGACUCCACAGCAGAUGAGGAUGGGGUCUGGUAUUCUGUGGCUCCUAUGAAUGUCCGACGAGGUCUUGCUGGAGCUACCACCCUGGGAGAUAUGAUAUACGUCUCUGGAGGCUUUGAUGGAAGCCGACGUCAUACCAGUAUGGAGCGAUAUGACCCAAACAUUGACCAGUGGAGCAUGCUAGGAGAUAUGCAGACAGCUCGAGAGGGUGCUGGACUAGUAGUGGCCAGCGGAGUGAUCUACUGUCUAGGAGGAUAUGAUGGCUUGAAUAUUUUAAAUUCAGUUGAGAAAUAUGAUCCACAUACUGGACACUGGACUAAUGUUACACCAAUGGCUACCAAGCGUUCAGGUGCUGGAGUAGCCCUUCUGAAUGACCAUAUUUAUGUGGUGGGAGGAUUUGAUGGCACAGCCCACCUUUCUUCUGUUGAAGCAUACAACAUUCGCACUGAUUCCUGGACAACUGUCACUAGUAUGACCACUCCGCGAUGCUAUGUAGGGGCUACCGUACUUCGGGGGAGACUCUAUGCAAUUGCAGGAUAUGAUGGCAAUUCCCUGCUGAGUAGCAUUGAAUGCUAUGACCCAAUCAUCGACAAUUGGGAAGUAGUGACAUCCAUGGGAACCCAGCGCUGUGAUGCUGGUGUGUGUGUUCUCCGAGAGAAAUGACCAUUGUUAGAGCACCUUCCAGAGCUAGUGAACCAGUCCCGGGGACAGAUUGCGGAAGAAUCAAGGAUCCUUUCCAGAAUGUCUAUUUCUCACUGUGUGCACAGAGCGAUUACAAGCACCAGUGCAGUGAUGAUUGUACUUAUUUGAUACACUCCCCCUUGCGCUGGUAAUGUCCCACAGAAGGGUUGGAAACAGGUACUCAAGGGAAGAGAAUGCAGUGAAUGGAUGUGAGACCAGAUCACCUCUCCCUCUGGUCUGGGGAGCACUUUCUUACUGUUCCUUACCAUGUGCUUGGGAGUGUGUGUGUGUGCAUGUGUGUGUUGUGCCUCUUACAUUGCAGAGAAUUAAGGUGAGUAUGGCCUACUACAUAUAGACAGUAUCCAGCCUAAAUGAUUGGAAGAAUUCCAACUUGAGUAAACUUGGUAAAAUCCAAGUCUGCCUCCACCUACCCCCAGAACAAAUAACCUUUUCUAAUCUACAAAAAGCUAGGAACAUCACAGUUCCAUUCAGAAAAAAGCAAAAGGGAGAGCCCUAUCAAAACUUUUUGGGGACUGGGGAUAUAACUCAGUUCAUACAGUGCUUGCCUGUCAAGCACAAGGCCCUGGGUUCAAUCCCCAGCACCACAAAAAAAAAAAAAAAAAAAAAACUUUGGGGGCCAAGGGAA